AUGCAGAUUUGGGCAGGACUCCUCGCUAACGCUGCCCCUUUCUUCCCCUCCACAGCCGGUGGACAGUACAUGGAUGAGCAACAUCACCACCAUCAAGCCCCUACCCAAGGUCCCAACAUCGACGCCGACGACACGCGGCAGGCUCAGGUAUUCAACAACAGUGGCUACGGCGGGCACUCCGCUUACCCAGCGCCCAACUCGGCGUCCAUGUCACACAUGGGCGGCGGUUCUCACGGGGGUCCCAUCACCGCCACCAGACAUCACAGCCGUGACAAGGGACAUUCGAACGGCCCCGACGACCUGUUUCCGAACCUACCGGAGGCGAAGAAGCGCAAAUUCAUCCUCGUCGAUGACCAUUCGCGCAACUCCCGACUGCGUGUGCGAGUCACCCUCGAGGGGGUUGAUACGCAGGAGAUUCCCGAUUCCUUCCGCAAGAGCGCCGCGGUCUACCCGGACUCGUUCUUCCCCCGCGAGAUGCAAAGCCCGCCUCCUUCGCCUACCGGUUCGAGGUUCUUCAUGGACGACCUAAACGAUGGAGACGACGGCAUCGAGGACACGAACGGCCGUGAGAUGACGAGGAACCGGGGCCGGUCGUCCCAAAUGGCGAAAGUGCCCAUCGGGGAGAACACCGAGGCCGAGGUCCCGAUCCCGCGUCUGAGGAAGGGGAUGCGCGGCAGGGAAGUCCGGUUGAAUGAUCUGGGGUAUCGCAUGGCCUGGCUCCAGAGUCGUGUCUUUGCGCAGCGGAACAUCUUUCUCCAGCGAGCCCUGGACUGCUAUCGGAAUAAAACCCGAUCGGCCAUUGAUUCGGUCAUGCAGGAUAUCAAGGUCGUUGCGCCUCACUAUGAGACUCGCGUCGGCAAGCGGAAGUGGAAUGACCGAAGGCGGAGAUCCGAGUCCGACGACUAG